UCGUAAUUCUGUCUGUUGGAUUAUUUAAUUGAAAGAAGUGUUUAAUAUUCUAUAAAUCCUCGUUUAUUUGCUUUGAAAAACUACAAUAAUGGCUGCUGAAAUUAAGCCUGCACCUAGAACACCUAAUGAUAGAUUUUCCACUACAAAGAAACCAGCGCUAUUAAACAAAUUGGAAGGUUGUACUGACGACGUAAACGCCGCUGUAGUGAUACCUGGGGAGGAUGGUGUAAUUAGCGUUUGCGAUGAUAAAACAGUAAGAGUAUGGCUGAAACGUGACUCGGGCCAGUAUUGGCCUAGUAUCUGUCAGUAUAUGCCAUCAGGUUGUACCUCCAUGUUCUACACUCCAGAAACCCGCCAAUUAUUCAUCGGACAAGAGAAUGGAACUAUUUCAGAAUUCACACUGGCAAUGGAUUGCAAUAGGAUAAAUGCUACAAGGGAAUAUCUGGCGCACACAGCAAGAGUAACAGCAGUUGUGUUCUCCUUAAGUUGUGAAUGGGUGCUGUCAGUGAGCAGAGACAAAUUGUUUUCAUAUCACUGCAGUGAGACAGGCCGUAGGAUUGGCGGGUACUCUUUCGAGGCGUGGUGCACAGCUUUACAGUUCGACUCACAAUCUAAAUAUGCGUUUGUGGGCGAUUACAGUGGACAGAUAACCAUGUUAAAAUUGGACAAUAAUGGUGCUACUCUAGUCACUACAUUAAAAGGGCACACUGGAUCAGUAAGAGUACUGAAUUGGGCUCCAAUACGCCAAUUAUUGUUCAGCGGUUCAUUCGAUCAAACAAUUAUUGUAUGGGAUAUUGGUGGACAAAAAGGCACGGCAUAUGAAUUACAAGGACAUAGUAACAAAGUGACGGGCCUGUGGUACGUGAGUGGGUGCGAGCGGCUGGUGUCGGCCGGCGAGGACGGAGCCCUCGGCGUCUGGGAGAUGGGCGUCCCGCGCCGGGAGACUCCCGCAUGGAAGGAGGCCGACCUCUGCCAGAUAUGUAACGCGCCGUUCAUAUGGAACGUGCGGGCCAUGAUGGAGAUGAAACAAUUAGGGUUGCGGCAACACCACUGCCGGUGGUGCGGUGCGGCAGUUUGCGCGACGUGUUCUCCACACAGACUGCCGCUGCCAAUCAUGGGCUUCGAGUUCCCACAGCGUGUCUGCACGCUCUGUUAUGAAACGCUCAGGCAUGAGCCUCGCGAGUCGCUUGCCUCGUUCCACGACAUGAAGCACGCGGUGUCGUCGCUGUACGUCGACGAGGCGACGGGUCGCAUGUGUACGGCCGGGAAAGACCGCGUCAUCAAGGUGUGGGAUGUCAGUAUGCUGCUGUCGCCCGCCGCUACCGCCUCUGGUUCCGGUUCCGCUCCCGCGUCCUCGUCCGCGCCGCGUCAAGGAACAAGCGACCAAUAGCCACUGUGGCCGCACGCUGUCACGCCUCUAACGAACGUCGCUUGCGCUUAAACUAGGCGGUACGAAUACAAUAUCGGGAGUGGUCGGUUGUGGUCAGAUGCAGACGGCAUAGGGUUAAAUUAACGAAGGUCAGGUUGAAUUUUGUAAAAUUGUUAUUAGUGUACUGUGAUUGCAUUGCAUUAAUGAAUGAAUUCAAGUAUUUUAAUGUGUCUUGCGUGUAAAAAAAUUAAUAAUUUUGUAAUACAAAAAAAAAUACAAGAAAAAUAUUUAAAAUAUUUAUCGUGUGAAUAUGAAACUAAUAUUAAUUAUUUAGAGAAAAACAUAUAUUUCAAACUAUGCGAAAUACCAAAUAUGUUAUUAAACUUUUUAUUAAUUUAAUUGAUUAAAAAUUUAAAUUUGUUAAAGAAAUGUGCUAUCUAUUAAAUAUUAAAUUAUUGGUAAUAAAAUUUUACGCAUACUUUCUUUAUUCAUCUAUAGAUAACAGUAAAAAAAUCUAAAACCGGCCAAUACAUUUAAAAAGCAGAGUAGUAAAAAUGCGGUUCUACACUAAAGAACUAUUAGUUUAAGUUUUUAUUUUUGUUUCUGUAUACUAGAUAAUAAAUUCGCAUAUUAUUUCAUCAGAAAAUAAUGCAAUUCGCUAUAAUAUAAGCGCUAAGAAAAUAUGCAUAUGAUUUAACGUAAUUUUUUUUAUUAAAAAUAUUUCAAUCUGCCUAGUAAUUUGACUGCGAUAAAUAAGUUAUUUCAUCAACGGUCAAUAAUUAUAUUAUGAAAUAGACUUCAAACACAGUACCUAUAAUAUUUUUAAAAGACCACAAGCGACCGUUUCCCUGUAAUUCCGUGGUUCUAAUUCAAGCCAUAGCGACCGUAUAUGGCAGUCGAGCCAAAAACCGACGUGUUAAGUCGCCGUUUAUUUGCUAUUGUUACCUGUUUAUUUCUAUUUUAUACUAGAAAUGAAACAACUGGUGAUGACUCAGUGUGAAUUCCUUAUACGAAAGGUCACUACAUUAACAUAAGAGUGACACAAUAUUAGAGAUCUCGUCUUA